GAACUAAAGCGACUAAAACCAACGCUGCACCGGGUGUCUUCAUGUUUGGUUAGAAUACAAACUCGACUGAGAAUAUUCGACAGCUUCCAGCAACGGCUGGUCUCCGUUUUAUAUACCCAUGCGACAGAUUGUGUAAAACUUUGUCACCGUCGGUGAUAUUGCUGGCCGGAAUGGCGUGUGUAUGGAACCAAUUUUAAAUUACUAAUGUCGGUGGUACGUGAUGGGAGAUUAAAUGCUGGCGGCAGCGUGCUUUGGCAAGGCUGCGGUCUAUGCUCUGAAUCUACUCUCCGUCAUGAAAGUUAUGAAACAAUACAGCAACGGGCGCGUUAGCAAAUUUGAUUCCCGGCACUUGGCACUCGCAGAAGUGCCGAGUGGUUGGGCGUUUUUAGUUUCACGUUUUAAAGGUUCGAGGCGUCUCGCCGUCUGGUCGUCUGUUGCUUGCAAACCCGUACAGAAAAAAAAACCGUGUGCGAUUGUCCGGCUUGUGAUCGCCGCAAUAGUUGGUAGAAAUGCCGGGUGCGUUUUCGCGACACGCUGUGUGCGGCUGUAUUUAGCACGCUGACCGCUUGCACCGGUGCAGAAAUUCGGUGACUUUCGGCCAAAAGUAGAAACGAGUAAGUACCUCGAGACUGCCGCGUCGGACUGGUCGGAGACUGGCACACUGGGAUCGAAAAAAAGAAAUGAACAAGUUUAAUGCACCCAGUCGGCUGUCCGGUGGAGAGCGUAAUAAAUUCGGGUAGACAAACUAUCUGGUCCGAAAACUAUGCCUCGGGAUCCCUCCAGAAGGAACGAAAGAAACCCAGGAAACAAAGGCACGAUACGGUUCCUGCUCUGCCCGGCCGUUGAUCUGCAUAUUUAUCUCAUCAAUUUUGAGAAUGACCGAGGCUGAACUUAACCCCAGUUUCGACCGUGCUUGGUAGGGGCUCCAUUGGAAUCGAAGCAGUCUUCUCUUUUCUGUACGUCUACGAAAAAAAAAUACUCUGUGGAUGAACUCUUUACGCAUAUAAUAAAGUUAAUCAAGCGACUGAAAGAAAGCAAUAUUUUGUUUCCUUAUUAACAAAACAAUGUGCACAAUUUAUAAAUGAAAUGUAAAUUAUAAACUAUUUCACUUUCUCGACUUGUAUGAGUUUGAUGUUAGGAGCACAUUUUUGCCAUAUUUUACAAUCGUGUAGCGGCUGAUUACACCCUUUGAAAGCUCAUAAUUUGCAUAACCCUUAUCGAGGCAAUCAACGAGGCAAUCGAUAAUCAACCGAUUGGCGGACACGAUUGAUUGCGUUCGUGAUAAAUUGAUGGCAUUCAUAACUGUGCGCUGCCUGCAACCGGCCUCAAACAACAAACAUGGCAGCUUCAUCAAUCUCGCUGGCACCCGCGCAAUGUGCAACCGAACGAAUGAAGCUACCCCCGUCACGUGACAUUAGAAAUUCCAUUUUAAAAACUCGCUGAACCAUGCAGAUUGCUUAUCCGUCACAUUGUACUAUCGCUUCCGCUUUCCCCUGGUUCCGUGGGAAAUUAUGACAUAAGAUACUAAUACAGUAAAAAUCCAAAGCACAGAAACGAGGGAGCAAAAGCAACAUGCAUCCGCUUCGGUGGAAGCCAUUGAAAGGAUGAAGGCAACAAGCAGCAACGCCAAGAGAAAAAAAAGAACGAGUCCGCAAGCCCUUCGCUAAGCUUUCGCCAACUGCCUACUACCAUCAAUUCGGAAAUGCAAAAGAGUGUGGCCAAAAUGAGCCAGAACGAGAGACAGAAACAGGGAUGCUGAAGUGUGUGUGUCGGUGUGUGAGAGAGAGAGAGACAGAGCAAGACAGAACGCAAAGAAAAAUUGGCCAACACUUCCAGUCUGACCUAGUGGUGAUGGCGUUAUGAAUGAAACUAGCAAUAACUGUGUGAAUGAGGAGAGAUAGUUCCGUAGGCGGUUUAAGCAGCUGCUGACGCCCAGCUGGUUGAGAGCCAAGCCACGAGAAUGAGCACCAGCAGCAGCAAGUAGCGCAGUUCGUUUAUUGUGGGCGAGAAACGCAGUAGUGGGUCUGGUUGGACCGUGGUGGGGGGAGGAAGGACCAUAAUCCUGGCCGAGCAACACGCAGAGGCGCAGCAAGCGAGCAAGUGGCGAAUGCAAAUACGCUUUUAUUGAACUAUCAACAAGUUACCGAAGUGUGCCGCUCGUCGGAGUGGCAAUCAUUCGGGUUUCUGAAUUCUUCCUUUGAUUGUGUGGGCAGGACAUAAUCGGUGUUGCGCCCGAUUAUGUUGGAGGAUGUGGCGCCUGUCUGUAUGCGUGUUUAUGGGAAUGAUGAACACUAGAUAGCUUUCCCGGAUAGGUUGCUGUGGAUGAACGAAUGAAGUUCAUCUCCGGUUGCACCGAUCCAUGCGUUAUCCUGUUUGAUAAGAGUGUAAUGUUAUUCGGAAUGCAUUCCAUUACAUGGUUUAUGUAUGAUUCCCAUAUUCAGUUUGAUGAAACUGCAAAUAAUAUCCACAAAUCGUCAUUGAACAGUCCAACUGGUGACAA